AUGGUGGUGAACACGAUCGGUGCCGUCAUUCCGCGAGCCGUCGAUCGCAGUCAGCUCGUACAGAAUCGCUUCAACCCGUCGUACGCAUCCGGCGGGCUAGAACUGACCAUGCCGCUCGCACCGGGCUACGGCUCACCGUACGACCUUUCGCCCGGUGGCUCUCCGUUCUAUUCGGGCCACUCGUUCGGUCAUCAUCCGGUGCAUUCGCUCGUUGCUGCCGGCGAUGGUUCGCAAGGGUACGGGAUGAAGUUUAGCUCGUCGGGCGACGGGUACGGGGCCAGCGCACACGGUAGCUCCGGCGGAUACGAUUACCACCCACCACCGCCCCCUCAUCCUCCACCACCGCCACCGCCGCACCAUCAAUCACCGCCACCGUCCAUCAUUCACUCGCUGCCGCCACUGUGGCCGGGCCCACCAUCACACGGCGGCAAGUCGGGCAAGGGCAAAGGGGCUGCACUGUCCGCGCUCACGCUGCUGGCGUUCCUGUACUUUCUCAACCUGCUGCAAAGCUGCCUCAAGGACCACAUGGAAACAAUGAACCCCACCGUAAUGGUCAUGACGGCCGGUGCAACACGGCGCAAGGACAUUGCGGCGAGUCUGGAGCAGGGAUCGGCCUCGGUCGAGGAUGCACCCCGGGCAGGAUCAAACACCGGCCCGGACGCGGAUGCUAUCGAGCGUUACGAAGGGCUGUCACACCGCUACCAGCUGCUUACCACCUCCAACGGCACGCGCAAUCCCUUCGCCACGCACCCGGACCGUUCGGAGCGUCCACAGACGACACGCGGUAGAAAAAAGCCUUCUGCAGCUACAAGCUCUUCGAAACGGAAGCCAUCGAUGCACUACCCCGGAAGUGAUUGGUACGAUCGAAACUAGAAAG